AAGGAUUCGGACCCCUCCGGUGCUGCAGGUUUUAUUGCCGCGGUAGCCCGCCCCUCCUUACUCAGCCGCGCCCCCUCAUCCCGCUCUGCCUCCCCGUCACUCGGGGACAGUCAUUCGAGCCGAGCUCAGCGGGGCUCGGGUGCUUGCAGCGCCGGGGACCUGCGGCGAGAAUGCGGCCACUUCCCUGGGGACAGAGCGCCGGAACCGUCGCCAGCAUCGCUCCACCUUGUUCAAUGCCCCCGUUCAUCUGGGUUCGCCUCUGAGAUAGAUACUGUGAGUGUCAGAAAGAGUCAGUCUUCUCUCGCAUCGCCCGCUUCUUCCUGCUAACACCCAGUCGUAUUUCGGAUAACUGCUCGUUAUUUCAUCUCAUGGUCAGAAGAAGCCUUGUUCGUGAAGUGAAUUGGCCGGAAGUCUAACGGCGCCGCAUCCCCAGUCCCACCAUGUGGUUCUCUGUUGCAACAGCCUCCACCCUCGCCCUGCUGCUGACCCUGGCCGCCGGUGUGAGCGGGAAGGAGCGGAGGAAAAAAAGACCAUCGGUGCCUCAGAUAGACUGUGAUAUCCGAGCGGCCAAGGUGAAGGUGUCGGAGUUCGUGGCGCGAUGCCCGCCCGGGUGUACGGGCACCAAACAGGCAGUGUGGGGCACCGAUAUCUACGCCUCUGUCUCCAGCGUCUGCGUGGCUGCCAUCCACAGUGGUGUCAUCAGCAAUGGAGGAGGGAAGAUCCUCGUCCGGAAGAUUCCCAACAGUUCCAGCUACAAGGGGACUUUGUCUAAUGGUGUCCGCUCCCUGUCCCUCCCCCGGUGGAGGGAAUCGUUCGUCGUGUUGGCUCCCAAGCUGCAGAAAGGAGUGACCUACCCAUCGAUCCUGGAAUACCUACCUCCACGACGCUCUAGUAUAAGAACCGCAGCGAGGCUGAAGACCACGGCAGCGCCGGCACCCACCAGCAUCCCCAUCGCCCGGCAGCCCGCGACCCCGCGGCCGGCUCCACGCCAACUCUCCCCGACCCACCUCCCCCAGCCCGAAACCCCCGGGGCGACCCCCGCCUCUCGACAGCCCGCCUCGCCGUGGCCAGGGGCAAGGGAACCAGGCCACGGUCACUCUGUAGUGGGCACUGGGCAGCGAUCAGCGUUCCGGGAGUCGGGAUUGUCCGGGUUUGCCGACAGCUUCUACCCUCUGCCGCAUGCAGGGGUUCACCGGUCAGAGCCGGCCGUCGCGGUACGUCAGACGGGAGGCCUGGGCCCCACUCACGGUUUCACCAGACAAGCUCAGCUGGCACGGCCCAGAUCGGAUUGGCUGGUUCCUCCGGUAAAACAACACGCUGACUAUGCUGGCCUGUCCCCCGACCCUGCCUACUCCUGGAGUGAAGUGAAGACCCAUGCCAACCCAGCGUACAGCUCCAAGCCCGGGCCGACUGAAUACGAGAAGUGGUUACUGGACCUCGAUCAGAACGCUCGCAACCACCGAGUCCAGGAUCACCGAGUCCACGAUCCAAGCUUAGGGACGUUCAGCUCGUUAGACCAUGGUCAAAGGCUUGCGGCACCAAGGAACAGACCAUGGGAAUACAGCCCAGAGUCGCCCACGUUGCCAAAUCAGAACACCGAUGAAACAGAGAUUAAUUUUUGGAAAUCGGACUUUGAUGCCAGGGGUUUCAGCACAAGAGACCAAGACUUCAUUGAGAAGCUGGUUUCCCGAGGAGAUCCAAAUUGCAAGGUGGACCUGGCAUUCCUGGUAGACGGAAGCUGGAGCAUAGGAAGGCGAAGAUUUGGAAUCCAGAAGAAGUUCUUGAUGAGUGUUGCAGAAACCCUUGAUAUUGGGAUUGCAGGCCCGCUCAUUGGCAUCGUUCAGUUUGGGAACAACGCUAGCAUUGAAUUCAACCUACAGACCUACCAGAAUUCCCGUGAUCUUAAAAGUGCCAUCGAGAAGAUUCCACAGAAAGGUGGUCUCUCCAAUGUGGGCAGAGCUCUCAGUCACACCAUCGGCAGCUUCUUCUCCAGCGAGCAAGGGAACCGCGGAGGGGCCCCCAACGUGGUGGUGGUCCUGGUGGAUGGCUGGCCCACGGACAAGGUGGGGGAGACCGCUCGCCUCGCCAGGGAGUCCGGCAUCAACAUCUUCUUCAUCACCGUGGAAGGUGCCGAUCAAAACGAAAGGCAGAACAUGGUGGAGAGUGACUUUGUGGACAAGUCUGUCUGUAGGACCACUGGUUACUUUGCCAUCAAUGUGCCCAGCUGGUUCCAGCUGCAGCAUGCGGUUGUCCCGUUGGUCCACAGGGUGUGCGACACCGAGCGCCUGGUCUGCAGCAAGACCUGCCUCAACUCCGCCGACAUCGGCUUUGUGGUGGACGGCUCGAGCAGCGUGGGCACUGACAACUUCCGCACCGUGCUGCAGUUCGUGGCCAACAUCAGCCGUGAGUUUGAGAUCUCAGACACUGCCACCCGGGUGGGCGUGGUGCAGUACACCUACGAUCAGAGGCUGGAGUUUGGCUUUGGGGAACACAACACCAGGGAAGCAGUGUCCAGCGCCGUCAAGAACAUUAGGUACUGGAGCGGAGGCACUAGCACAGGAGAAGCCAUCACCUAUGCCUCCAAACACCUCUUCAGCAAGUCCAAACCCAACAAGAGGAAGCUCAUGAUUGUCAUCACUGACGGCCGCUCAUAUGAUGAUGUUCGGACUCCUGCGCUUGCUGCCCACAGGAAUGGUGUGAUUGCGUACGCAAUUGGGAUCGCCUGGGCAGCGAUGGAUGAAUUGGAAUACAUUGCCACAGAUCCUGACAAGGACCAUUCCUUCUUCGUGGACGAGUUUGACAGUCUGUAUCAAUUCGUGCCUCGGAUUGUGCGCAACAUUUGCCAAGAAUUCAAUUCACAGCCACACAACUAAACAAACCACACAAAGGGCUGCAAAACCUUUAGCUGCUCAACUUACACUUACCGUCUUAAAAGGCCAGCUUUAAACUAUCCAACCAAGGUGGGCUGACUUUGUCCCAUGUCUUCCGGUUUUCUUGCUGACACCAAGCUUUUUAGAGGCAUGUAGAUGCAAAGCAGAGUGAUCUAUUGAGGAUCAACCACAUAACCCACAUCCAUAUUUGGGCAGGAGGUACUCCUAGAUUAAUUCACCUAAUCCUACCAUUGCAAACUAUCCCUCAGGUUUGGUGAUCCUGUCCUAAAAUCCUUGAAGAUUCCUCAUUUGGGAAUCCCAACCAUGACAGCAAAGGAUCUCUGGCCAGCGCAGGCCCCACUCCUGGAUCCCUGAGGAUAGGAAUGGACCAGGCAGGACUGGGUAAAUCAAUUCCUAUUAUAGGCACUUGACAUUGGUCUGGGCGAGUCAGAUGGAACAACUUGUGUUCUUCCUGCGUGAGGCCCAUUGGUGGAUGGGGGUGUAAAGGAAGGGGGAAAAUGGCCUGACCCUUUCCCUCUCCCCAAAAGGUAACCAUGUAUGUUGUAGGAAAGGUAUCAAGGCCUGAGGAAGAAUAUUCUGCUGAUGGGGACGCAGUGCAGUAGAUGAUAAAGGAUAGAAUUCAUGGAAGAAGCUAGAAACACAUACCACACUUGCUAUGGUGGGUGAUGUUUGCUUUCAGAAGAUCCACAUACUGGCAUUCCCCUCUAUGAUGGAAAUAAGAUUACCUCAGGCCUGGAAUCCUGGUGGAGUCCCCAAGUAUAAACAUGCAAACUAGUUGAAAAGUCAAAGAUGUUAUAUAGUGUUAGAAGGAGGUCCUGAGGCACCCCAACGCAUCUUACAACCCCGAGCUUACUUUGGGGUGAGGAGGAGUAUAACCCUUGCUCAGGAAGGCUCAACAAAUGAAAUGGAAGUCAAUACAGUUUCAACCCCAAACAGCUGGUUCACAGACCUUCAUCUUGGAAAGCAGGAAGCAGCACCCUUCUGUGAAUAGAGGACUGACUGUUAUGUACGUCAGUAGAAUGAUGCGCAAGCAGUCAACGUUCAUUUCCUAAUCUGAUCACCCUCCAUCUGUGCAGUGAUCUUAGAAUAGGGAUUAAUGCCUCUACAACCCAAAACCUGGCAGGUGCUCAACAUCAAGAUCCAGUUGGAAAGGAUAAUCAACCCAUAAGGCUCUUUAUUCAGUAGAAAGUAAGUUCCAGUGGAGACAAAUGGAAUGGAGUAUAUUAGACUAUCAGUUAAGAAGUUUGGAGACUCAAUUCCACAUUACGCAGUCAAUAAAUUGUAAUUAUUUAUGGAAAACAAAAAUGAUUGAAGUUGUACAGUGGUUGAUAUAUUUGAAUGACAAGCUGGGCCAUUUCAGAGGGCAGUUUGUCAACCAAAUUGCUGUCCUGCUAUCUACCUCCAUGAAUAUUUACACAGCAGCAGGCUCAUUUACUUAACUGAGCUAUUCCAACAGCAGCACUCAAACCUGCAAUUUGUUGCUGCCAAGGUGAACAAGAUCACAUAUAGGCUUCCUCCAAGUCACCUCCAUCCGGACUUGGGAAUAUAUUGUUGCUGUCUUAUCAUCACAGGCUCCAAAUCCCAGAGCCUUCUCUCCAACUGCAGUCAUAUCCUCAAUUUCAUUCUUCUGUGUAUUUGUCAAUACUUUGAAAGAGAAGCAGUAAUAGUAAGUUCUCACCUGCAAUUCAAGAUGGUGACUCACCACCUUCUUCAUUCAGGAUGGACAAAAAUUGCUGGCCGUGUUACCAAUUUCUGCAUUCUGAAAAUCAUUUAAGAACAUCCCCAAACUGACCUCAGAUGACCAAACAUACAGCACAUCUUGCCCUACCUCUGGUGCCCACACCUCAAGAACAAAAUAAUUGCAUUUGCUUUUCAAGUAUUGUUGUAAUGGGAAACUAAGACAUCUGCAUUCAGUGACUGGUUUAGUGCAACAAUUCUCUUGCUUAGAAUCCUCACUUGAAGCCAAGAACUGCUGUGUAUAUGUACAGUUAUUUUAUUUACUAAAAUCAAAUGUUGGAUAUCUGCAAAAUAAUUUUUAAAACAGUGGUCGAGAUGGUUCUGAAGGACUUUGGCCCUCAUGUGAACCGUACAUGAUUCCCUAACCAAAUAAAAAUUACGGGCAUUUUAA